GACGAGACGGGGCGGGGCGGGGCGCGGGGGUCCUGUGAUGGCGCGGUUGCGGGCUUGUUCCCACGUUGCGUUCCCUCCAGCGUAGUCUAGGCUCCUGCUCUGCCCAACCGACGGAUGAUGGGGCCUCUGGGCGCCCGGCGCGGCCUGGAGUGGCUGCUGGGCCUCUACUUCCUCUCCCACAUCCCGAUCACCCUGCUCGUGGACCUGCAGGCGGUGCUGCCGCGCGAUCUCUACCCCGUGGAGCUGAGAAACCUGCGGCAGUGGUAUACUGAGGAGUUCAAAGACGCCCUGCUACAGAACCCCCCGGUGUGGUUUAAGUCCUUCCUGUUUUGCGAGCUUGUGUUUCAGCUGCCUUUCUUUCCCAUCGCAACAUAUGCCUUCUUCAAAGGAGGCUGCAGGUGGAUCCGCACCCCUGCAAUCAUCUACUCGGUUCAAACGAUGACAACUCUGAUUCCAAUCCUCUCCACAGUUCUACUCGAGGAUUUCUCCAACGCCAGUUGUUUCAAAGGACAAGGACCUAAGACUUUCCACGAACGACUAUUCCUUAUAUCUGUCUACAUGCCCUACUUUCUCAUCCCUCUUAUACUUCUGCUUUUCAUGUUGCAGAACCCCUACUACAAGUCUGAGGAGAAAAGAAAGAAAAAAUGAGGAAAAAUAACCCUGGGUCCAGGGGAGAGGUGACCACGGGGCAGUUUCCUGUUGGACCCAGUACCAGGAAAAUGCUCAGAACCCAUGUUUUCAGUAGUAUUUGAAACACACCAGCAGCAACACACACGGCCAAGGCACUGGCAGGAGGCACAUCACACCCUCAUCUUCCAAGGGCGCUGGCGCAAACAGACCGAUCACCUGAGGAUGGGCAGAGGGGUGUGGGCUAGGUUAUAGCGAAGUGGUGCCAAAGGCCUCACUGUGUGCCCAAGUGCCAUUGCAGGAUUACUAAAGGCAGGACCAGACCAGAAGCCAGAUAAACUUCCAAGCAACAUGGCCUACUUGGCAUGUUCAUGAGUCAUUUGACCCACAGUAUACAUGUGACUAACCCUUUGACUCAUGACUCUACAGCGUGUCACUGGGGUGUCUCAGGCCAUUUUUAGGCUUGAAGCUGUGCCUCUGUGAUGUUCAUUAAAAACUGUUUUCUUGUCCCCACACCUAGGUGGGGGUGAGCUAUUCUGUAAGAGGGUUAAACUUAGUUUUCCUUAACGUUCAACCUUGGCAUGACCUUCAGUCCGAAAUGGGUCAGACUGGAAGGUGUAUUGUUUGUCUUAAACAGGUUGUCCCAGGAAAAGAGAUUUUUUUAAAGUCUUCUUGUUUAUCCUCUUUCCAAGCCUCAGUCUUCUAUUACUUUUUACAGACCACCCAACAUAAGUUCCUUUACUCUGACAUCUGGUGUCCAGUCUCAUUCCCAGUCAAAGGCAGCGGGUGGCGGGGAGCUGCGCAUGACAGGUCCAGUGUGUGCAUAUAGGGUCUCUUCACGUUAGCACUUGGUAUUCUGCUAGCUUUCUCUAAAUUCAUACUCGAGGCCAACUCAAAAAAAAAAAAAAAAAAAAGACUUGUGAACACACAUGGAAAAUGGUAGAUGCUGGUCCUGGUUAGUUCCCCC